ACGUGUGACGAUGUGCGUGUGUAGCGGGUUUUAACCACAAGCUGAAAGUAUUGGGGAAGCAAAAGGGCAGAUUUCGCUUUGUGUGAUUAAGUACUGUUGUACAUGCAAGAUGGCUGUGUCAAGUGGAACAUCAUUUGUACUGGCCUCAGUUCUUACUGUGCUAUUGUUUUCUGGCAUGCAGAUGUAUCGUCAGUGGCUCGCCUCAUCACAGCUACAUACAAUACUUGGCGGAUAUCUGGGAUCUGUACUCUUUAUUCUUGUCCUUACAGCAGUUGGAAAUUUGGAGUCAACAUUAUUUGGAAAAGGGUUUCAAACCAAGCUUUUCCCAGAAAUCAUACUCUGUUUGGGCAUUGCCAUGACAGCAUCUGGAAUGGUACACAGAGUGUGCACUACAACAUGCUUCCUGUUCUCUGUGGUGGGACUGUACUAUGUGAAUCGCGUCUCCCAGCAGACGCAUGCUAUGCCAGUUCCUCAACAACCAGUACCGACCAAGAAAAAGAAGUAGAGAGAUCCAGAAUUAGCCAUACUCCUUUCUGCCAUUGUAGUAUGGAUCCUCAGGGCUGCAUCCAACCACGAGAAAACAGAAGACUGCCGGUAUACAUUUCCAUUAUCUUUCAUAUAAACCUGUCCUAUAAAAAUCAAUAAAAGACUUGAAUAACUUUGUCUCAUUGCAUUAUUAUAUGCAGUAGGAUGUCCAUGUAACAGCAUUGAAUGAACCCAGUUUUUUUUAACUUUGCCAUGUUGAUAUUUUAAUGAAAGUACUCAGUUGUAAUUAAAUAUCUAAUUGUCAUCAUCAUUA